AUGGGUAUCCUAGACUUAACGCUGAGACCUCCGCUCAAAGUUACGUUGGAACGGGCCGUGAACCAGAGAAAGUCGCUGUUUGGAACAGAACGGCUGGCAGUUGAGUCUGGGGCGAUGCUAGUCAUUCUGUGGUCGCUGCGCGAUGGCCGGGGUCGCGCUGAGCCGUGGGUCCAGGGCUCCAGAUCCGCCGCUAAACCUUUCACUGAGCCUUGGGCGGUUCACGGCCGACUCGGACUGGUCGGCCAACAGGCGCGGAGCAAUGGACCUAGUUUUAGUCUGAUGAACAAAUGGCAGCCUUGCGAAGGGAUUCGUCAGAAGAAGGAAAGGCCAUGGCGAUGCUGGAGGGUCCCAAGUGGAGAUGGCGGUAAAUCAAACCGUUCAACGGGGAAUUGA